AUGAAUGAGAUGCGAAAUCGCCUCAAACACAGUCUACAUGCUACUGCAAUCCAAUUCAAGGGAUCAGCCCCUUGUAAAUCUACAUCAAAUUGUCCAGAUUUGGCUUAUCCACAACAAAGUGGUAAUGUCAAUUCUUCUUUAAGAAGAGCGGUCGUGUUAGAUCCAGCUUCCAUUAAUACUUGCUCAACUGCGAAACCUGCAUCGAAACUUCACCAAUUAGAUUAUAACUCUGCAAAUCCAGAUUCCGAGGUCAGCAUUCAACUGAACAAGAUGAAUGUCAGCCACAUCGCUUCAAGCAAUCUGGCUCCUUUAUCGACUACAGUAUUGCCCACAGAAGGAGAAGAUAAGGAAACUAAAGGAAUACACUUGGACAAGCGAGUAGGCUUGUUUUCCAGCAUUGGGCUUCUUAUCGGAACAAUCAUUGGAUCGGGAAUCUUCGUCAGCCCCAAAGGGGUAACGGUCGCUGUUGGCAGUAUUGGUGCUAGUCUGGGUGUCUGGCUGGCAGGAGGAUUGUUAUCUUGUUUAGGAGCCUAUUGCUAUGCCGAAAUGGGUUGCAUGUUGCAAGAUUCGGGUGGCGACUAUGCCUAUGUUCGUUUGGCGCUAGGAGAUUGCAUUGGUUUUCUUCGCCUCUGGACUGAAGUUGCAGUUCUAACACCCUGUUGCCAGGCUGUAUUGGGUCUCGCAUUCGCUGGAUAUGUGAUCGAUAUCUUCAGUGAGCAUGACUGUGCCCUGGCAGAUAGCCAAGUGAUGAUAUAUGCCCAUCAAUUUAUAGCAGCAUGUUGCCUAAGCAAGUGA